AUGGGGAGCUCCAUGCAGUUGACGAGAGCGGUAGUUUGUGCUUCGCUGCUGUCUAUACUGUGUGGUGCUGAAACGAGUGACUCUGAAAUUGAAGUAGAUUUGGAAACAAGAAACAAUCACGACUUCUAUCCACAAAAACCGAAUUUAAGGAACGAAAAACGUCUUGUAAGUCUAGCUAUAUUGUUUCUCUAAACUAUGCAUAUGCUGAUGUCCGCAGGCAGCUUUUGGCAUUUACAUUCUUCAGGACUACCUAGAUAAAUAAAGACCGGGCUAAAUUACUCUACAUACAAAAUGAAACGCACAUUGUUCCAGAGACCAUAAUUGGUGUAAUUUAUUGGUGGUAAAUUAUCUGUCCUCAAAGUGUGAAAUGUAUAGGUUAAAGGACUAUUACGUAAACUACACAAUGAAAAGACAGACUAGUCAAAACCUGGAAGUGCUGUAAUAGCUUGUGCAUUUCAUACUGUUUCGACAGCUUGGAGCUCUACAUGAAGUUCUAGAAAAACUGCAGACCAAAAGAAUUAAUCCAUGGGAAAAGAAAUUUGGCCAAGUUCCCACGGUAGGAUUCUAGUCUUUCUCUUCAGUUUAAAUGCAAUGUAUUAUUUUUGGUAAAUGAGGAAUAAUUAGCAAAUGCAGAAUGACAAGAUUAAUACUUUUAUUAUGGUCAACUGUUCUGUAAGUAGUCUUAACUAGGUUAUUGUAAGGUCUUCUCAAAUAUGUAGUUGGAUUAUUUCAUAAAUGCGAACUGCUUUACAGGAUAAUAUUGUAAUCUACAUUAUCUUCAUUGUUGUAAUGUAACAUUACCUUUUUCAGUGCGAAGCGGGGGAGCAUUGCGCGGUGAGGAAAGGCGCGCGAAUCGGAAAAAUGUGUGACUGUCCACCGGGAGCUUUCUGCAACUUCUUUCUGUUGAAGUGCUUGUGA